AUCAACACAGUAGUACGACAGCACCUUUUCUGAUCCUUUGACCAACGAAAAUCUCUGAUCCAACAUGAUUUGGCGCUGUUUUAUUUGCUACGUAUUUGUGGCGUUGUCUUUGAGACAACUUUUGAGUCACAUUAACGUCAUGCAUAGUCGGAGUCCUGACUUUCGUGUGGUGUGUGGGAUUGAUGGCUGUCCAAGUGAGUACAGAGUGUAUAACUCCUUUUACUAUCACGUAAAGCGGACGCACACACACCAUCUUCUCAACAUUGAGGCAGACGAGGACGAAUCAACUUUUGAUGGAGUAAAUGAAAGAACAGCCAAGAACGAACAAACAAGCACAACUCUACCCGGGGCUGCAGCGCAUUCUGCAGUAACGUCAGCUAACAAUGGCUCCAGCAUCGUCAUCGGAACAAGCAAAUUUCAAGAGGGUGGAGAGGGUCACACGAAUCUGGACCUUUCGAAACAUGCAACUGCUUUUCUCCUUCAAGCCAGAGAAACACAGCGACUGACACAGAGGGCUGUUAACCAUAUGGUGAGUGGAGUCCAGCAGUACCAGGCAGUGUUGUUGGAACACCUUAAACAGCAAAUGUGCAGCUUGAUUGAAGGACAUUCUGGGGACCUGGAUGAACUAAGGAGUGGUGCAUUAGGGAUUUUUGACAAGUUUGUUGACCCUUUCAGUCAAAUUUCUUCUACUCAUUUGCAGAAUAAAACUAUCAAAGAACUGCUACAACCAGUUGAACCUGAGAUUGUUGUUGCAAAACAAACUGUAUGUUAUGUGAAACAUGGGGACUCCAGAGUUCUUUCCACCAAGGACCAUUGUUUUCAUUAUGUACCGCUGGUGAAAAGUUUGGAGCAACUGCUAUCCCAUCCGAGAGUUCUUGCAAUGAUUGAUGAAGGGCAACAGCAAUGCAAUGAUGGCUUUUUUCAAGAUUUUGUUGAUGGAGACAUUUUUAAGUCACACCCACUGUUUUUGAAAGUUCCUAAAGCAUUGCAGUUGAUUUUUUAUACAGAUGAAAUUGAGCUAUGCAAUCCUCUUGGAUCACGGUCAAACAAAAACAAAUUGUUAAUGAUUUAUUACACCUUAGGUAACAUCAGCCCUAAAUACAGAUCAAGACUUGCUGCAAUUCGUCUUCUUGUCAUGAACAACAUGUGA